AGCAGACAGAGAUAAGGAAACAAAGGGAAGCCGCAGGACGGAUAUAGGAGAGUGUCAGGUGAUGGUAGAGGAUCUCCUCCAUAUAACAGUGAUCACACAGGUGUCGGGAUGAUGCUGCACACACACGGCUCUCUAUGGCUGGCCGCCUGCGGGCUCCUCAUCCUCCUCAUCGGAUGCUGCUCAUCCUCCGAGGCUGCGGGAAGGAGGCGCCGGCUGAGCCGGGAACCCGGCGGCAUCUCCUUCGAGUAUCACCGCUACCCCGAGCUGAGAGAAGCGCUGGUGGCCGUGUGGCUGCAAUGUCCGUCCAUCAGCAGGAUCUACACGGUGGGACGGAGCUUCGAGGGCCGGGAACUGCUGGUCAUAGAGAUCUCCGACAAGCCUGGAGAGCAUGAGCCUGGUGAGCCUGAAUUUAAGUAUGUUGGAAACAUGCAUGGCAAUGAAGCCGUGGGCAGAGAACUUCUUAUUUAUUUGGCCCAAUACCUCUGCAAUGAAUAUCAGAAAGGCAACGAAACAAUCAUCAAUCUGAUCCACAACACUCGUAUACACAUCAUGCCUUCCAUGAAUCCUGACGGGUUUGAGAAAGCUGCACAACAGCCUGGCGAUAUCAAAGACUGGUUUGUGGGUCGCAGCAAUGCCCAGGGUAUUGAUCUGAAUAGAAAUUUCCCUGACUUGGAUCGUAUUGUGUACAUUAAUGAGAAAGAUGGAGGCAACAACAAUCACUUAUUGCAGAACCUGAAGAAGUCAGUCGACCAAAACACCAAGCUUGCCCCUGAAACCAAAGCUGUCAUUCACUGGAUUAUUGAUAUCCCAUUCGUUCUUUCUGCUAAUCUACAUGGAGGUGAUCUGGUUGCUAACUAUCCUUAUGACAAGACUCGCAGUGGUAACGUUCAUGAAUACAGUGCUUGUCCUGAUGACAACAUCUUCCAAAGCUUGGCCCGUGCAUAUUCUUCUCUCAACCCAACAAUGUCUGACACAAACCGGCCACCAUGUCGGAAGAACGAUGAUGAAAGCAGUUUUGUAGAUGGGACAACAAAUGGUGCUGCCUGGUACAGUGUUCCUGGAGGUAUGCAAGAUUUUAAUUAUUUAAGCAGUAAUUGUUUUGAGAUAACUGUGGAGCUGAGCUGUGACAAGUUUCCACCUGAAGAACUACUAAAGAAUUACUGGGAAGAAAACAAGGACUCUCUAGUGAACUACAUUAAGCAGGUGCAUCGUGGAGUGAAAGGAUUUGUCAAGGACCAUCAGGGAAAUCCCAUUGCUAAUGCAUCAAUAUCUAUAGAUGGGAUCAACCAUGACACAACCACAGCUAAGGACGGUGAUUACUGGAGGCUGCUUGCACCUGGAAACUACAAAGUCACUGCUUCAGCUCCUGGCUUUCUGGCAAUCACUAAGAAAGUAGCUGUUGCUUAUAGUCCUGCUACUAAGAUUGAUUUUGAUUUGGAGUCCUUAUUAGAAAGAAAAGAGGAGGAAAAGGAAGAGCUGAUGGAAUGGUGGAAGAUGAUGUCCCAGACAUUGAAUUUUUGAGAAAACAAAAACGACGUUCUAUUAAUUUAUAUGUUCAGUUGGUAUGCAGUACUGUGGACUAUAUAUCUAUAGGAAUGGAUUUAUAUAAAAUGCAUAUUUAUUGCCCCAAUGCCGGUCAUAAACCCAUUCCUAUAGAUACUAGACAAUGUGUGAUUGUGAUCUUUCAGCCUCUGUUUUCUUUGUUUUUGUGAUAAUCUGAUUAUGUACCUGCACUCUUUAGAAAUGCUAAACUCUAAGCUAGGGUUACUAUAGAACUUGGCACAACAAUUCUGUGACAACGUCUGAGUGACAGCUUCAGUUUUCUACAUAAUGUAAGAGUCUAUAUGAUGGCCGUUUCAGUAGAAAUGCAAUAUUCUAUGCCCAAGCCAUGUGUUGUAAAAUAUAUUCUAGUUUACACAAUAAUAUAGCACAGCUGUUGCCAAAAAUAUCUUGGCAGUAUGUAUGUAGAAAUGGGCCCUGGAAGAGGAAACGUAUAACUGUAAUGGUUGAGUCGCGUUGUUUAUAUUUUAUUUUCUUCCGACUGUGAAUGACGUCAUUAUACUGCCUCAAAAAA